GGGGGAUUUGACAGAGAAGGCGUGGGGGAGUUGACAGAGAAGGCGUGGCACGACACAAGCGGAAGCGCCGCCUUUACAAAAGUAUUUUACCGCGUGUCCGUACCCGUCUACCGGGAAACAAAAUAAAUCAGCCAUGAAUUGAGGGGAGUCAUGUGUAUAAUAUUAACAAAACCGUAUAGCCUUGCCUUACUUGUGAGGAAAUCGUAGGUUGGUUAUGUUUGUCCAUUUGCUAGCGAUUUAACAUAUUUUGAGCUAACAAUAGAAGCUAAUUGUUCGUUAUCAGGCAUCAGUUGUUUAAGCCCACGUGUGCUUUCCAGAAGACUCAGAAAAGGAAGAGCGGUAAAUUCACCUGCGGAGUGAGUAUAAAAAGUCUUGCAGGCUGUGAUGGAGAAAGCGCCAUUGCCUGGAGAUGAGCAAGGCAUAAGUGAGGGCCAACAGGCAGCCGGGGUGGAUGGCGUUAAUCCGGACGGUACAGACACGGUGACGGCUCGUGAUGGGUGGGACAGUAAGCUGGAGUAUGUGCUGGCCCAGGUGGGCUUCAGUGUCGGGCUGGGCAAUGUGUGGAGGUUCCCAUACCUCUGCCACCAAAACGGAGGAGGGGCUUUCCUGCUGCUGUACAUCCUGCUGAUGGUGGUGGUCGGGGUGCCCCUGUUCUUCCUGGAGCUUGCAGCUGGGCAGAGCAUCCGGCAGGGCAGCAUCGGUGUGUGGAAGCACAUCUCCCCAAAACUCGCUGGGAUUGGCUACUCCAGUUGCCUGGUGUGCUUCUUUGUGGCGCUGUACUAUAAUGUGAUCAUCGGCUGGAGUCUGUUCUACCUGGGGAACUCCUUCCAGAGUCCUCUGCCAUGGGAACAGUGUCCGGUCAGCGCCAAUGGCACAGUGCUGAAAGAGUGUGCUGCUGGCACGCCCACCACAUAUUUUUGGUUCAGGAAUGCCUUGGACAUUACAGACUCUAUCGAUGAGACGGGCGAGUUAAACCUCACCAUGACGGGCUGCCUGUUUGCCGCCUGGGCAAUUGUCUGCCUUGGCAUGUUCAAGGGCAUCAAGUCCUCUGGAAAGGUGAUGUACUUCUCCUCUGUGUUCCCAUAUGUUGUGUUGCUGUGUUUCCUCAUCCGUGGCUUGCUGCUGGAUGGAGCAGUGGAUGGCCUCAAGUAUAUGCUUUACCCAGAGCUCUCCAUCUGGAAGGAUGUGCAGGUGUGGCGGCAGGCGGCCACCCAGGUGUUCUUUGCGCUGGGCCUGGGCUUCGGCUCGGUCAUCGCCUACUCCUCCUACAACCCCCGGCACAACAACUGCCACCGCGACGCCAUCAUGGUGGCCUCCGUCAACUUCAUGACUUCUGUGCUGGCUUCACUGGUCGUCUUCACCGUACUCGGCUUCAGGGCCAAGAAAAUGGCAAUAAACUGCGUCAAACAGAAUCUGCAGCUUCUGGCUGGUGUGGACCUGGUUUCAGGUCAUGAGAUAUUUAAUGUCACUGAGCCUGAGGUCUACAAUAAGUGGCUCCAGUCGUAUGGCCCCCAGCUGCCAAUCAAUCUGACCAACUGCACCAUGGAGAGAGAGAUGGGCAAGGGGGUUGAGGGUACUGGGCUGGCCUUCAUAGCGUUCACGGAGGCCAUGAGUCUGUUUCCAGCCAGCCCCUUCUGGUCAGCACUCUUCUUCCUCAUGCUCCUCAAUCUGGGCCUCAGCACCAUGUUCGGCACCAUGGAGGGAAUCCUCACCCCACUGUAUGACAACUUUACCACCUUGCGUAAACGCAAGACAGCCUUCACAGUGUUCGCCUGCACAUUGGGCUUCCUUAUUGGCCUGUUGUUCACGCAGCGGUGUGGGAACUACUUUGUGGCGAUGUUUGACGACUACUCCGCCACCCUGCCGCUCAUCAUCGUUGUGGUGUUCGAGACCAUAAGUGUGGCCUGGGUGUACGGGGCGGACCGGUUUCUGGACGACAUUGAGAAGAUGCUUCACUGGCGCCCCCCGGUGGUGUACAAGUACCUGUGGAAGUAUGUGUGUCUCUUUGCCAUGGUUGGGCUGCUCAGUGCCAGCAUCAUACGGAUGAUCUUAACGCGGCCCACCUACAAAGCCUACCAACAGGACAUUGCAUCUGAGAUUAGUCUGGAAUAUCCUGACUGGGCUCUGAGUGUUCUCUCCCUUCUCAUUGUGAUUGCCACUCUACCUGUUCCCGUUUGCUUCCUCUACCACACCCUCCGCCAACACCUCAGCCAAUCGUCUGGAGGAGACGGGCCGUCCCACGGCCUGGAGAAUGGCCAUUACAGGCAGUGCAGCACAACGGACCCGGAUACCAUGGCAACGGACACACAAUUGAUGAACGCAGUUGGAUCUCACUUGCCAUUGGCUGAGGAGAACCUAGGGCUCCUCUCAGAGUCAGAAGGGGUGGCCGAGUCAACGGGGCUGUGAGCGACAGCAAAUAAUUAUUUUCUGAGAGAGAAGUGAAUGCACAAAAAGGUCCAUGACAACUUCUGUGUGAGCAUAUAAGAAUGAUAAAAAGAGUACAUACUAGAUGAUUUAGGGGACCCUUAAACGACUGUGUCCGUCUUUUGAAUCAUUGGGCAAUUCAUUAUACAGCCUCUUAAAGGUGGCAUACUCUUGGUGCAAAAACUGGAUGGUUAUGUUUCAUAUGCUGCAGUUCUAUGGGACUUUCUGCUGCACGUGUGAAACACUCCGUCAUCUAAAACAGAACGGAGAUGGUGCCUUUCCACCCACAUUGGCAUGUCUCUGACCCCCACAUUGGCAUGUCUCUGACCCCCACAUUGGCAUGUCUCUGACCCCCACAUUGGCAUGUCUCUGACCGCCCCGUGGACCACGUCUCACUGUUGCCCUGUUGAGGGCCCAGACACUUGAAUCUCACAACACAUCUUGGUUUUAUGUGUUACCCCAACAUUUUCCCAGAGCUGCCACAUUUGUUAUGGGAGAAACUGGAUCCAGGUCUCUUUUUGUUUUUCUGAUGGUUUUGCUGUUGCUUCAGUGCAGCAUCUGAGAGUUGAGCUCUGGCCAUCCCCACCCCCCUCCAUGGUGGCACUGCAGGACUCCAUCAGUGGGACAGAGAUCUGGUUCUGUUUUUCUCUCGAUUUGAUGGCCAAAAUCAGUCAGUGUCUUCCACAUUUACAAAAAAAAAUGUUUUUGAAUUCCUAGAAUAUUUUUAGGUUUAAAAUAUUGUGAAAAUGCGUAAAUGACUACGUAUUUUUAUAUAUAUUUUUUUAAAUCAUUGAGAACAAAUUUGUCGAUCUGACACGAGUGCAGGAAAAAAAAAAAAAAAAAUUUUUUAACGUGGUCCUAUGCAGAACAAGCAGUACUAUGAGCCAUUACUGUCAAACUCUUGAGUCAUCACAGCCAUUUUUCCUGUUUGAGUAGAACACAACUGCCAUUUAUUUAAACUGCCUUUACAUGUGUGACACAUUGUUCACAACUCAGAUGAUUUUAUAGACCUUUUUUACAUGUUGUAAUUGUUUCUAAAUGUAUUUGAUUGCAUAUUUCUAGUGGCGAUCUAAGGGUUAAAAGCCUACCGGGUCAAAAUACCAAGUGCUGAAAGAACGAACAGAAAGGAGCGUACUGAACCCUACUGGACUGAAAGGGGUGUUGUCUUAGCCUGAAAAUGUGUUGAUGUAAUGUGGCUGAAUUGAAUCUACAAGAAUGUACAUUAUACAUGUUUUCUGGCCUUGA